UUAUCCAUUAUAUGAAACCUAUAAAUAUAAGUAAUGUACUAUUGACACACUUUAUGGUUUGCCGUUGUCACAUACUUGGUGUAUUUUAUUUUUUAGAAGAAUUUAUUAAAAUGACUUAUCGUUUUAUUCUCAUUGUUUGUCUUCAGGUGCUUUGUCAGAAUGCACACUCCCAAGCCAUCAACCCUGCCAUAGAACCUACUGAAGUUACCAUCACCGAAGCUAUAAUAGAAAACCCCUUGGACAACCAACCAAGUUCUACGGAAGCCCCUACGACCGUCAACCAAGAAUAUGGUCCAUGUGGGCUGCCAAUCCAUCUUUGUCAAUGCAACCGCCGAUCGAAGGUGACCAUAACUGAAGGUUACUCUGAUGUUGUCCAACAAUCUGAUGCUGCUCAAUCGAUUUGUCCACGAUGUGGUCUGUCCGUCGAGCUUUGUAAGUGUGGUAACCAACCAGAGGUUGCCGAGGAAACUGCCAACCAGCCGAAUAAGUUAUGCCCGAACUGCGGUCGCCCGGUAGAAUUAUGCAUCUGUGGUGCCCCUUCAGUGGUUGCUCUUGAAACUACUGAAGACAACCAAUCAAAUAAUCCUCAAUCUCUGUGUCCUAAAUGCGGGCGCCCGAUGGCAUUAUGUAUCUGUGGUGUUCCUAUAGAGGUUACCUCUGAGACAGCUAUUUUCAACCAACCAAAUAAUCCUUCUUUAUGCCCGAACUGUGGUCGCCCGAUCGAGUUAUGUAUCUGCGGCAACCAAACUCCGGUGAUUGAGGGUAUUUCUCCUGUCAUUGAAGGUACCUCUUUUGUGGUUGAAGGUACCUCUCCUAUGGUUGAAGUUAUUUCUGCUGAGGGUGACUCUCGUGUGAUUAUCUGUCCCAAAUGUGGUCGCUCAGUGGAAUUGUGUGUGUGCUCUAAAGACACAAGUGCCACUCAAAUGUGCCCUCACUGUGGUCAUCCCAUUGAGCUAUGCAUGUGUGGUGCUCAUCAUCAUCAUCACUAAUUAAUUUAAUAACUAAACCUCUAAAUUUU